AUUAUUUGGGCUGAGCUGACGAACCAUUGCUUUUCAACCUGACGUCUUUUUCGAUGUCAGUUUCCUCGUACCAUCGCUGAGAGCACAAUGGGCGAACGGAAGCAGCCAGUAGGCCUAAUAGACCUUGCAGCUGGCCACGCCCGUAUCCAAAUUACAAACAGACAACAAAGACAAAAGAGGAAAAAAUGGAAAGAGAACACAACAGAUAGGCUAUGCAACCUGCCAUACCCAAUCAGAAUCCAGUACUCCGGUACAGGAUAUGCAGAUGAGCAUAAAGGCAAGUGAGCGAAAGUAGGAAAUAUUUUUAGAUCAUUUUUAGAUCAGCCACCCAUUUCCCUCGCAGAGCCAGGUGGUUAGAACAGGUGAGCGGAAGGUAUAGGGAAACGGUAAAAAAUGAAAAGAUGAAAAUACAGCUAUUAAUUUCACGGGUUUAAGUUUUUUUUCUUAAUGAUUUGGAUUGUAUCGCAUAUUGUUAGUUUAGUUUGUUGCUUUCUGCCUGGCUACGUGUUCCGUAAAAGUAGCUUGCGUUGGAACUAUUGAAAUGUUCUAGUAUAUUUAUUUUUUGUAGAAAACAGUCGGUUGUAUAUUGAAAAUGGUUUCAUAAAAAUGUGAUGAAGUAUGUUGUAAACUGUUUUAUGUUGACAUUAGCAUAAAUUAUUACUGUACACUAUGCGUAUCAAAACAUCAAGUUAGAUUUUCCCAUAUUGACGCUAUGGAAAUGGACUCAGAAUGGUUUGAGUCAGACCUGUGGGUCGGGAAGAAACAGUACCGGGCAGUCCUCAAUGAACUUUAUUUCAGCUGGACUGAGAUUGAUAAGAAGAACCGGGACAGGAAAGCAGUUUCAGUGCCCCUGUCAGAACUUAUUGGGGUAGAGGAGGGCAGGGUGGAGAUUCUGCCACAGAGGAAGGCGGAGGAAACAGAAAGACACUUCACUGUGUUCACUGUAAAACGCAGCCGUGGUGGGCGUGGUUCCACUGGACUGUGGACCGUGGGCCGACCCCAGUUCUGCUGCAACAGCCAAGACCUCCGUGACCACUGGGUUAGGCAGCUGAGAACCGCGCUUCGCAAGCAUGGUGCCUCUCGCCCACACAGGCUGCUGGUCUUCAUCAAUCCGUUCAGUGGGAAGCAAAGAGGGAGACAGAUCUAUCAGUCUCUGGUGGCUCCACUCUUUGAGCUGGCUGGAAUCAGUGCUCAUGUUGUAGUGACUGACAGAGCGAACCAAGCUAGAGAUCACAUUCUAAAGAACGACCUGGCUGGGUUCGAUGGGGUGGUGUGUGUGGGUGGGGAUGGAAUGUUCAGUGAGCUUCUGCAUGGUGUGAUUGGACGAACACAGCAGGAGGCGGGGCUAUCGGAACAUGACCCUGCUGUGACCUUACAGCCAUGUAACCUGCACAUUGGUAUUAUUCCAGCAGGCUCGACUGACUGUGUGUGUUUCGCCACUGUGGGUGUAAACGACCCUGUUACCUCUACUCUCCACAUCAUCAUAGGAGACUCACAGCCAUUAGACGUGUGUUCUGUCCAUCACCUCAACAAACUUGUUCGCUACUCCGUUUCUCUCGUGGGUUAUGGUUUCUAUGGUGAUGUAUUAGCUGAAAGUGAGAGGCAUCGCUGGAUGGGGCCUCUCAGAUAUGAUUUUUCAGGCUGUCUGGUCUACCUGAGUAACAGGAGUUAUGCUGGAAUGGUGCACUUCCUGCCCGCAGACCCCCAGCUCUCCAGCCCCCGGGAUAACACGCGCUGCCUCUCAGGGUGCCAUGUGUGUUCGGAGAGUACAGAGAGACUCUUCCCUCAGUCAGACUCCAGCUCCCUCUCCAGCUCCCUCUCCAGCUCCCAGUACAGCCAGGACAGCAGUCAGUCAGAGGGUGAGUGGGUGAGCACAGAGGGCAGGUUCAGGUGUGUCUCUCUCACCUGCAUGUCCAGCUCUUGCCCCCGCAGUCCCCUGGGCCUCUCCCCCUCAGCACACCUGGCUGAUGGGACAGGCGACCUAAUCCUGGUCCGGGACACCCAUCCCCUGGGCUUCCUCACCUACCUGCACAGGCACACCACAACGGAGGACCAGUUUGAUCUGCCCUUUGUGGAAGUCCAUCGCGUCAGGGCAGUACGAUUCUCUCUUCCACCUGGGGAGGAGGAGAGCGAGGGAGAGGAAGAGGGAGAGAAAGUGACAGAGGCAGGAGACUGCAAGGCUGAGUGCGAGGGAGAAAGGGGAGGAGGCGCUUGCAGGAGCAUCUCACGGCAGCACCUCACGGGUGGAGGGAAGGAGCGAGGGAUCACCAACCAUAAGAAGAGGGACUUCCUGUGUGUGCCGUGCUGCAGUAGGGCCCCCUCUGUCUCUGUGUGGAACUGUGAUGGAGAGAUCCUGCCCUACGCCAAGAUCCUAUGCAGGUGGGCAGCAUCUCUGUACAGCUGUCUCUGUACCUCUCUCCUGUUUUCAUACCCCAAAUCUCUGUAUAUCUGCUUCCAUCCCCACAGCAUCUCUACAUCAUUUCAUGCCGAUCUUGUUUUAAUUGAACUCUGAACAUAUCUUUUCAUGUAGUUAUGUAUACAGCAUUUCCAUCCACCUGGGAACAUUUAUCAGCUACACAACCCAGUGCACCAUGUGUGUCUCCUCCUGAAAUUAAGAGAUGCAUAUCAUAAUCACACAGUUUUUUCUGAUCUACAGAGUUAUGCAGCCAAUGCUGCUGGGAGUUAUUGCUGUUAUACUAACAAACACCUGGUUAUUCUUGUUGAAAUCACACUGGUACAGACUGAGGUAUUGAGAGCAAUUGUAGGUGUGAUGCAUGGUGUAAAUGUGUAAUGUGUUAUUUGACAGUAAACGGCCCAUUUGAGGGGAUAGCUGCAGUGAUUAUCCAGCGUCAACCAUCUGAGCUACAGUGUGCCAUGAGCCUGCCUGUUCCCAUGUUCAUGUCUGCCACUGUGUUCGUUCAUGGAGUUGGCCCUCUCCAUCAGUUUGCAUUUGCCCUGUCAGUGAGCUCAGGAUGGCCUCCCCUCACC